CUGGUUAGCACAUCUGCCUCACAUUUCUUGGGACCGGGGUUCAAAUCCCAGCCUCGCCUGUGUGGAGUUUUCAUGUUCUCGCCGUGCCUGCGUGGGUUUUCUCCAGGUACUCCGGCUUCCUCCCACAUCCCAAAAACAUGCAGGAUAGGUUGAUUGAGGGCUCUAAAUUGGCCGUAGGUGUGAAUGCGAGUGCGAAUGGUUGUUUGUUUCCAUGUGCCCUGCAAUUGGCUGGCAACCGGUUCAGGGUGUACCCCACCUCCCGCCCGAAGAUAGUUGGGAUAGGCUCCAGCACUCCCGCGACCCUUGUGAGGAUACGUGGUAAAAGAAAAUGGAUGGAUGGAAAACAAAUUAUAUUUGGAUACAUUGUAACAUGUCGCUUUUCUGGGAAUUAAACUAGGGAUGCACCAAUACUGAUACCACUAUUGGUGAUUUUCAUCAAUAUUGCAAGAUAUGAUGGCAUUAUCAAGUAUCAGUACUUGGUAUUGGCAAGUACUCAAAUGUAAGUACUCAUACUCGGUCUUAAAAAAAGGGGUAUUGGUACAUCCUUAGUAGUAGAAAAGUAAAAAUAAUAACACUGAGAAUAAAGGUAAUACAAUUACAAGAAUAAAGGUGGAAAUAUUAUGAGUAUACUUGUAUUUAUUGUGAGACAAUAACUGUAUGACUUUUCGUCAGAGUUUUCAGGUUUGUGUGGUGGAGUUGCUGGCAAAAGAUGGUGGACCCAAGUACAGUGAAGCAGGGAGGCAAGACAUCGCAGGAGUCUCAAAAAAAGUAUGAAUUUACAAAAAGGAAACAAGGAUCAUGGAAGAAUUGGAAUACGUACAUUACUUUUUGUUCGUGGGCUAAAAACACUCACUACAGUAAAAAAAAAAAAAAAAAUUGUAAAUAAUUUUUUUUUUCCCAAAAAAGCUUUAAAAUGUUUGAAAAGUUUUAAAGUUUAUCGAAACUUACCCCACCGGUGCAUGAAAGAGGUGAUUUUGAGUUCCAACUGGACACUGUUUUCUGCCCGUUAAAUCUGAUGUCCAUUAAAUCGGGGUCUGUUAAAUUGAGGUUUCACUGUAAAGGUAAAGCAUAAAAAGAUAUGCCCUCUGAUAGUUUGUCUGAUAGGAAAUUAAAUAAAAAUACUAUUACGAGGAGAAUAAAGUAUAAGAAAUUAUUCAUCAAUAUUAUGUGGGAAAAAAAGUAGUUUUCUUUAGAACAUGUCUGACUUUUUCUGCUAGUUUUAUUUUCAAUGUCAUUUCUAAAAGUACAGUUGUACGCACAUAAGCGCGUCAACUUUUUUGAAAGGGAAAAAAAAAAUCCUCGAUGUUAAUGAAGUUACGAGUUCACAAAAAAAAAGUUCCUAGAGACAGAGGAGUGACGGUGAGAUUUGCGCCCCCACCCAUCCCAACGCGAUGCCUGUUACGCCGCUGCCGUUGCUCACUUUGCACUCAGAGCGGAGGAGGAGAUGCCUAUCGUGACAUGUCACCGUGGGGAACAGCCGCAACAACAACAUGAAGUAUGAGCCAAAAAUCAGCAUGCCUAAUUUAAAAGACGCCAGCUCUACAUGAGCUCCUUCUGAGCAACUGGCCUCGGCCAUGAGCGGAAAGGGCUGCCAGCUCCUGGUGUCGCCAUGCGGCGUGUCCCAGUCGCUGGGGAAGAUGAGAGGGCACCGGUCCCAGGCCGUCAAGGUGCCCAUGACUUCCCCUCAGUGGGGCGGUCUACCCUUCUCAGGCACGGACAAAGUGAGCGGCGGGAAGCAGAACGGCGACCACGUGGCCCUGCCGAGUCUGAGCCUCCGCAGGAAGUUGUUGACAAACGGGAAACAGGACGUCAAGCCGACGGCAUCGCCGCUCCAGCAAGAUGCGAGCAUUCAAAGCGGCUCUUCCAAUAAAGUAGGUUGUGCUGGUUCCAGUCCUGCCAUUGAAGUUCUCGGACGUCCAGCGGGUUGGAACCUCACGGUAACCAGUGUUCCGAUGUCAGUUGUCCCUGGUCAUCAAUACGAUGUCGCGACUUAUCACCCGCCUCUGGAUGCCAGGUCGGUGCUGUCCAGAGAAUCCCUGGCAUCCACGACCCUCAGUCUGUUUGAAACCCAGUCAGUGUUUAGUGGACGAAACGACUGGCCGUUUGGCUACCGUGUGCUUCCCCCGCUGGGGCAGGCACCGUGUUCCACCUUGGCCAGCGAGGGCAGCGAACAGCUCGGCCUCCCCCCUGGCACGGCCAUGUCUGGCACCGAGGCCUCCAACGGCACGAGCACGUCAGCCUCCCUCCCCUCGUACCUUUUCACGGGUGAUCCCGGGAGCCCCAAACAGCAUAACGCAAAGAAGAGAGCUCUUUCCAUGUCGCCUUUGUCGGACGUGAUGGGCAUUGAUUUCAACUCCAUCAUACGCACCUCUCCUACUUCGCUUGUAGCUUAUAUCAAUAGCUCACCUGCCUCCCACCCCAUAAUCUCGCCUGUCCAGUCCGAGGGCUAUGGCCACUUCCUGGGUGUGAGGGGCUCUUAUAUCCCUCAGGUUCACCCCUACACUAUGCCAGACCCUUCACAGGCUCUGGCUCCACCGGGAGAGUGCAACCGCAGGAAGGCUCUUGAAGAAGGUGGGGCUCUGGAGAGUCAGAUGGCUAACAUGGUGGUGGAACAACAGUGCCUUCCAAAUUCAAAGGAAGGGGGUGCACUGGGAAGGAUUUCAGAAUCCUGUAGAGAAGAGACCAACAACAUGUUGCCAACUCUGCAGCUGCCGUCAGCUCUACUGUCCGGUGAAGACACUACUAUUCCUCAGGGACCUCCACCUCCCUACCACUCCCACCGACACAUCCACCUUUCUAGAAGUCAUCACAAAAUAAGGAAUCGAGACACUCUCAACCAGGGUCCUAUGGUUCCACCCCGGCAUGGGCUCAACUUUUUACCCCAGAUUCCGAUGCUGGAGGAAGAAGAAGGUGAGAUGGAGGACUAUGGCGCCCACUGCUGCUUGUGGAUUGACUGCAGUGCAGUAUAUGACCAAAAGGACGAGCUGGUGAGGCACAUAGAAAAGCUACACGUAGACCAGAGAAAGGCCGAGGACUUCACGUGCUACUGGGCGGGUUGUCCUCGCAACCUCAAACCUUUCAAUGCCCGUUACAAGCUUCUGAUCCACAUGAGGGUCCAUUCGGGAGAGAAGCCCAACAAGUGCACGUUCAAGGGCUGCAAAAAGGCCUUCUCCCGCCUGGAAAACCUGAAGAUCCACUUGCGCAGCCACACAGGGGAGAAGCCGUACCCUUGCCAGCACCCGGGAUGCUUCAAGGCCUUCAGCAACUCCAGUGACAGAGCCAAGCACCAGCGCACCCACCUGGACACAAAGCCGUACGCGUGCCAAGUGCCGGGCUGCGCGAAGCGCUACACUGAUCCCAGCUCUUUGAGGAAGCACGUCAAGUCCCAUUCCACUACGGAGAGACAGCUUCGGAAAAAGAUGAAACCCACAGCUGAUGUGACCCAGGAACCUCUGACAGACUGUUUAACCAUCCACCAUCUGCGCCCUAGCAUCUCCCCACCAGCCAGAAAAGACAACUCGAUAGCAUCCUCCACAGCCUCUCGAGAGCCAUACUCAAAUGCUCCACAGGGAGGUGACUCCCCACACAGCUCGCCUCUUAUGUGCACUCUGCAAGACAAUCACAGGUAUGUCGAUCCUCCCCAUCGCCAGCUCUUCUGCGCCGACCCCUGCCCGCCAGCGUCACGCCUCCCGCAUCCUCCCGCCGGCCCAUCCGUGCAGCCCGGUCAGACCCCCGAACUGGCAACAGACCACGGCCCAGGUCUCUCAGGGCAGAUGGAGGCGCUCUUUUCUUACGACGGGAUGUCAGCGCGGACCGAGUCCGGUCACCUGACGCGAGUGGACGCCUUCGGGGGCGGCGGGAUCUGCAACACAGGGUUUGACGUCCAAAUGUCAGGAGGUGACUUCUUCAACAUGAUGGCCACCCAUACCAGCCAAGUGUGCCGCAACCACACAGAGGAGUGACGCCACCCACAAGUGGAAUUCCUUACUUUUGCACUAUUUUUUGGGACGUG